AUGUACAUCACAAAUCCGACCCUGCCGUACUGCGGCCCCAUCGGCACGCCGCUGGCGCCCGGUGCGAUGAUUCGCAUCAGCGGCAACGUCUCGCCCUAUGCUACCACCUUUGCCAUAAACCUGCAGUGUGGCCCCAGUGUCAAUCCGCGCGACGACGUCGCCCUGCACCUCUCUCCGGUCUUCAGCCCACCGCCGCGCAUCGUCCGCAACUCCAUCAGCGGCAACCGGUGGGGCGCCGAGGAGAGCUUCGGCGGCUUUCCCCUCUCCGCCGGUAGCUCCUUUGAGUUUCUCAUUCUCGUCGAGCCGUCCGAGUUUCGUAUUGCUCUUAACGGAGCCCAUUUUACCGAGUUCCGCCACCGACUGCCCUUUGAGCGGAUCACCCACCUCGCACUGGACGGCGACGCCACCAUCACCACCGUCGUCAUUGAGCCCAGUCCCUACUCAUCGGCCUCUGCCCCGCCCAUGGAUAUGGGCAUGCCAAUGCCCGGUGCGCCGCCCUAUCCGCCGGGAGGCUCCGGAGGAGGCAUGCCACCGCCCUACCCUCCUGGCGGCUCCGGAAUGGGCGCUCCACCCGGUCUCUAUCCGACCCUGGGCGGGGCGGCAAUGGGAGCUGCAGCUGGAGCUGCCUCAGCCAUGCCCUAUCCCCCCGGUCCUCCCGGUGGUCCCUAUCCACCACCUGCCUCUGGUCCUCAUGGCUAUGUGCCGCAGUCGAUGCCCCCAGGUGGGGCGUACCCUGGGGCGCCCGGUGGUGGCGCCUAUCCCGGCGGACAGUAUCCCGGAGCCUAUGGCGGCGGUCAGCAGUACCCGCCCCCACCGCCCGGAUAUCCACAAGGAGCAAGCGGCAGCAGCGGAAGCGGAAUUGGCGGCAAAAUCGGCGCUGGCUUGGGCGCCCUGGGGCUGGGCGCCGCUGCCGGCUCCAUUGGUUCUGCACUCGGUUUCGGCAACAAGUCUCCUAAGCACCACGGGCAGUACCCGGGAGGAAGUGGCGUAGGCGGGGCGCUGGGAGGCAUUCUCGGCGGUGGCGGCUCUCAUGGCAAAUCACACGGCUCCAAUCCCAUUCCCAUUGGCAAGAUUGCCGUCGGCGCUGGGGCUGCCGCCCUGGGCGCCGCCGUGCUCACCGGUCACCACCCGUUCAAGAAGGCGAAGAAGCUCUUCAAGCACAAAGGUUUCAAGCACAAGGGCUUCAAGCACAAAGGCUGGGGUCACAAGGGCUGGAGCCACAAAGGCUGGGGCAGCAGCAGCAGUAGCUCCAGUGAAGAGGAGGAGUGA